UUCGACUGGCUGGAGGUUCUGGAGGUUCGCAUAAGCUGUCACAUUUAGUGACAUGGGCGUGGCGUAAAAGUGCAGGCGAGCUGACAAGAUAUCCUGCGGCCUCAGCCAUGCGUCUGGAGGAGUGGUUCUUCCAGCUGACCCACCGUGCCGACUCUGAGUCGCUUGUGGGCCAGCACGUGAGUGUGGUGGGCUCCUGGGACGUGGCGGCGCUGCUGCCCACCGUCAGCCUGUGCGUCCUGCUCAUGGUCUGCUGCUGUCUGCUGCCCGGCGUGCGCCGCCGUCGGCUCCACUCGACACUCCUGGUGAUAUGGGGUGCUGGCACCGGCUGCGGCCUCGUCUGCGCCUACUCCAACUCCAGCUGGGCGGUGAUGGGCGGCCGCGUGCGCACCGUGAUCGCCUACGCGGCGCCGCGGCGCGUCGACUGCCUGCUGACUGUGCACUUCGGCCUGCACGGCGCCGACCUGCAGCUGGCCUCGCCGACCGGCCGCUUCCACUACCGGGAGCAGCUGGAGUGGCCGCUGACGCCGCGCGGCAUGACCGAGCUGUACCGGAGCGCUCUGCGGCGCGGCCUGCCGGCGCCCCUCGUCACUACGCUCGAGGUGCUCUCCAAGGAUGCGGCGCCCUGCACCUGGGGCCGCCACUUCCGGCGCGCUGGCUACCUGGCCGGCUGGCUGGCGAAGAUGGCGCUGCGGUUCGACGGGGUCGUGCUGGGUGUGCAGCUCUCCUGGUGCCUCUGGCUGACGGUGGCGGUGGGCCUGCUCAACCUGGCGUUCGGCGGCUGGAUGCUGCUGAGCGAGAGGCGCCGCCCCGGCUCCUUCUCCAGCGUGUUCGAGCUCGACUUCGGCCAGCCCCAAUACCGCUUCGGCUGGCACGCCGCCGGCAAGCCCCUGGCUAACCCCAAGCCCCGCUCAGGCCUGACCCUCAAUAUCGACUUCAGCACGAACGACCUGUCUGGAGGCGGGCGGCCUCCGACCGACGAGAAGAUCAACACACCCAGCUGCGACCCGCCAAUGCAGCCGUUCUGGACGCCGGGCAGCAUCCCCAGGCGGCCGAUCCCGCUGGCUCGCGGGACGAGGGAGCCGCCGCUCAUCUCGACGUCCCCAGAGCGGCUGCCGGCCAGCCCCUGCCACCAGCGCACGCCGUGCAACUCCCGGCACAGCACCCCUGACCCGUCCCCGGCCGGCGGUAGCCUGGAAAGCACCGCGCUUUAGCCGUGCGGCGACGGCGCGCGCAACGCAGGCUGGCCGUGCUGGUCCAGCGACCUCCGACCGACUGUAGCCUGGAAAGCACCGCGCUUUAGCCGUGCGGCGACGGCGCGCGCGACGCAGGCUGGCCGUGCUGGUCCAGCGGCCAGUACA